AUGCCAUACUUGGAGUUAGCCGAAUUCGGGUCACCAGCAUUGAUCCGGACGUUUGAUUUUCGAUACGAUUUAAUAUACGCAUUGGUCAAGCGUUGGCGCCCGGAGACUUACACUUUUCAUUUGUUGUGUGGGGAGUGCAUUGUCACUCUAGAGGAUGUUGCAUUGCAACUUGGGCUCCCAAUCGACAGGAGUGCCAUAAUGGGCGUAAGUAUGAUAGCCGAGCCGGUUGCUCUUUGUUAUAGCCUACUAGGAGUCUCACCCAACGAUGAUGAGUCUAAAUUUACGGGUUUGAUAUUUUCAUGGCUUAAAGCCAAUUUUGAACAUUUAUCAAUUAAUGCCACUGAGCAGGACGUGAUGUGCACAGCUCGAGCGUACAUUAUGUAUAUUAUAGGGGGUGUACUGCUGCCGGAUGCAAAUAAUAACAGGACGAUAAAGCCUGAUGCCGUAGACACAGGAGGCUGCCUUAUAUUGCUACAGUCAUGGGCUUUUUAUCGGAUGGCAUCAGUUAGGCACAAAGCAUACGUAUUUCCACUGGUGAACAAAUGGAGUACCAAUCCGAGUAUCGGGAGGUCAUACACUGUCCCGAUAUAUAACAAUAUGUCGGAGAAGAGAUGCCGUAUCAGAGACCAGAAAUUACGGCUGUUAUACCCUCGUCUGCCCACAUUUAUUCUCACCCGUGGUGCAUUAACGAACCAAUUACCACUUUCUAGAUAG